AUGACCGGCCGGCCUCCGCUUCCCCAUUCAUCCUCAACCACGUCGUUGGUCAAUCAGGGGAUGUCCUAUCUCAGUCUAGACAAUGCCGGCAGCAACAGCAACAGUGUCAGUAACAACAACCCCGAUUCGGGGGGCAGUGACAGCAAGACCCCUGACCUUCGGGUCCUCCUGUCCCAGGUCGUCGACUGGUUACAGGAGGAAAAGGCGAAACGGCAGAGAAGGAGACAGCAGCGUCGCCAUCACCUCCAAUACCUUGUGGACCAUCAUCGCCCUCAUGCAAAGGUGCCCGGGGACCAAUCCGACGAAAGUUUUUCUAAAGGCUAUGAAAGUCCCGUCGACCAUGAAGCCGACUUGUCUCUCGAGAAACUAGAAAACAUCCUUUCGGGAUUCACCUCGUCCUUGUCGUCUCAUGUAUCGAGACCGACGCAUAAACCCUCAACGUCACACCUGCGCAGAGGAUCAAUAGCCCGAAAAUACAAGCGGACUACGACAGCGCCUCAAUCGUCCGACACGGAGUUCUUUGGUGAUGAUAUUCUGGUGCCGAGUGUCGAGGCAUACCUCGACAAUUCAAAGACCAUGGCAUUUACAGGUGGAAUGGCCGACGCCGAUACCAGCGAAAGUGCCAAAGGGCGAGACUAUCAACAUUGGGUUAAUUUCAAAAGGGACAUUGUGCGUCUGACGCACACGCUCAAGCUCAAAGGCUGGCGUCGGAUUCCUAUUGAUCGCGCCCAAGAUAUCGAGGUGGUUCGGUUAAGCGGCGCUCUGACAAAUGCCGUCUAUGUUGUGCGUCCUCCCAAGAACAUGGAGGAGUACGACCGUCUCCAGGGCGAUGGCACAACAGCGCGAGGUUCUUCUACUUCAGGGCUUCCGGUGUCGAAACGACAGCCGAUUCAACUCCUGCUGCGGAUUUAUGGUCCGCAGGUCGAACACCUGAUCGACCGACAGGCCGAACUCAACAUUCUCCGCCGUCUGGCACGUCGACGUAUCGGACCUCGUCUGCUAGGGUCCUUUGACAACGGUCGCUUCGAAGAGUAUCUGCAUGCAAAGACCCUGACGGCCGAGGACCUGCGCGUGCCUGAAACUUCCAAACAGAUCGCCAAGCGGAUGCGCGAACUGCAUGACGGAAUUGAGCUUUUGGAAUCGGAGAUUGAAGCCGGCCCCGCCAUCUUCAUCAACUGGGACAAGUGGGUCGACCGGUGUGAGAAGAUCAUCACCUGGCUAGACCAGCAAGUUUAUCUGGCUGAACAGGAGGCUCAAGCACAGGAAGAAGUAGGAGGAGGAGGAGAAGGGGUGGUGGCGAGGAAGAAACACAACGUCAAUCCACGCUACGUCCGGCGCGGACUGAUCUGCGGAGUGCCGUGGCCCGUGUUUCGCAAGACGUACGAAGCGUACCGGAAACGGUUGAUCGCCGACUGCGGCGGAAUGGACGGGAUCCGGAAAGCUCUCGUGUUUGCCCACAACGACACUCAAUACGGGAACCUGAUGCGUCUCGAGCCGAGUGGAGAAUCACCUUUGCUCCAGCCGUCAAACCAGCACAAGCAGCUCGUGGUGAUUGACUUUGAAUACGCGUCGCAGAACACCCGAGGUCUCGAGUUUGCCAACCAUUUCACCGAAUGGUGCUACAACUAUCAUCGGGCCGAACACAAUUAUGCCUGUGACACGCGCCGGUAUCCCAAUGAAAGUGAACAGUAUCGCUUCGUGCGGAGCUAUGUCAUGCAUCGCCCCCAGUUCAACCCGGCCGCGAGUGCGACUCCGAAGCUGGAGGGACGUGAGAAGACGAAUAUCAGUGAUUUCAUGCUCGAUGCCCGGACACCGGCGACUCCAGGAACUACUGUUGGUGGGAUUAAUGAAACCGAUUACGAAAAGGAAGAGACGGAACGUGAAAGAGCCCAAGAGGAAGAAAUCCACCGGUUACUUAGGGAGACGAGGGUGUGGAGACUAGCGAAUUCGGCGCAGUGGGUGGCUUGGGGAAUUGUGCAGGCCAAGAUUCCCGAGCUGGAAGCUUUGGAGAAGAAGGAGAAGGAGAAGCAAAAGAGGGAAGAGGAGGAGUCGGCGGCGAAGAAGGCAAAGGCCGGUGGUGGUGGUGCCGCUCGUGCCAUGAUGGACAGAGUUAAAGAAAUGACAAAGACUCGAGUCGAUGCCGCCGUGGGAGGUAUGAGAGAUCGGUAUCAGCAUUUGCACCAGCAUCAUCUUCAUCCCAUGUCGGAUGCUCCGAAUGAGGAAGAAAAGAGACUUCAAAGGGAGAGUCGGUGGGACAGACCUGAGGGAAGAUUGCAGGAGGAGGCGCACCAUGAAGGCGAUGACGGUGUUGUUGUGGCCACCCCUACCACUGAGUCUGUAUCGGUCUUGAAUCAUGGCGAAAGUGGAACUGAGGGAGAGAAGUUGACUGGGGGUGGUGAUGUCGAUGCAACCGACACCGAGAGGUAUAAUGGAAGUGUGACUGCGACUGCGACUGCGAAUGAAGAUGGGAAUGAGAAUGUCAGUGGCGGUGAUCAAGUCGAAUCCGAAAUCGACGCCACCGUCGACCCGGACAAAACACCUUCUGUGCAUUCGAGGCUGGAUCCUGCCGACGACCAUGCAGGUGAAGAUGAUGAUCACGAUCAGAGUGUCAGUGGUACUGGUGACGAGGAACAAGACGACCACGAAGAAUUCGAUUAUCUCGGCUACGCGCACGAACGCGCCAUGUUCUUCUGGGGCGAUUGUGUCCAGAUGGGUCUGGUCAAGGAGGAAGAGUUGCCCGAGUCUAUGAGGGGGAGGAUUAAGAUGGUGCCAUACUGA